CGCCGCUUCUGCUGCUACUGCUGCUUCUCCCGCCGAACGCUGAGGUGAAGGCGGCGGCGGCGGCGGCGGCGGCGAAAGCGGCGCCUCUAGCCGCGCCUUAAGGGAGCUCCAAAGUGGUGUACGUGGUUCUUUCUGCCCACCUCCCUAUUCUAUCUGCACAGCAACCUUGUGACGUAGGUCAGACUGAGAGGCAGUGACUGGUCCCCAAGGUCGCAGCCAGUAAGCUUCAUAGCUGAGUGGAGAAUUUGAUGCUCUGAAGUUGCCCCAGCCCUCUUGGAGACACCCUCCUUUGAAUUGGCUUGCACUUUCAUCCCGUGAAGUGCCCAGAUCCUGGCUUGCUUCAUAGCCAUGGCAACAGAAGAGAAGAAGCCAGAUUCAGAAUCAACCAAAACACAAUCAACACCCUCCUCUUCAACCAAUCAGAGCAAGCCUGCCCCUGUAAAACCAAACUAUGCCCUGAAGUUCACGCUGGCAGGACACACAAAAGCUGUCUCAUCAGUGAAAUUCAGUCCCAAUGGGGAGUGGCUGGCCAGUUCUUCGGCUGAUAAGCUUAUAAAAAUCUGGGGUGCCUAUGACGGCAAAUUUGAGAAAACCAUAUCUGGCCACAAGCUGGGAAUCUCUGAUGUCGCUUGGUCAUCUGAUUCAAACCUUCUUGUAUCUGCUUCAGAUGACAAAACACUCAAAAUUUGGGACGUGAGCUCGGGGAAAUGCUUGAAAACCCUGAAGGGGCACAGCAACUAUGUCUUCUGCUGCAAUUUCAACCCACAGUCCAACCUCAUUGUCUCAGGAUCGUUUGAUGAGAGUGUGAGGAUAUGGGACGUCAAAACCGGGAAGUGCCUAAAAACCCUGCCAGCCCAUUCUGAUCCGGUUUCAGCGGUGCAUUUUAACCGUGAUGGCUCCCUGAUAGUGUCCAGCAGCUAUGAUGGCCUCUGCCGAAUCUGGGAUACAGCAUCAGGACAGUGUUUGAAAACACUGAUUGAUGAUGACAAUCCCCCUGUGUCUUUUGUGAAGUUCUCUCCCAAUGGCAAAUAUAUUCUAGCAGCAACGUUGGACAACACUCUUAAGCUUUGGGACUACAGCAAAGGAAAGUGCCUAAAGACCUACACAGGCCACAAGAACGAGAAGUACUGCAUCUUUGCCAACUUCUCCGUUACUGGUGGAAAGUGGAUCGUGUCUGGUUCAGAGGACAACCUGGUUUACAUUUGGAACCUCCAAACGAAAGAGAUUGUACAGAAGCUGCAAGGGCAUACAGAUGUUGUGAUCUCUACAGCUUGCCAUCCAACGGAGAACAUCAUUGCCUCAGCAGCUCUAGAAAACGACAAAACAAUUAAACUUUGGAAGAGUGACUGUUAAAAUGCUUUCAGCAUCACUUCACAGACUGCUGGGGGGUGCCUGGAAAACAUGGGGGUAUUUUGUGUUUGUGUUUUUUGAAGACCCAUUUGCCAGGAAACAAAGCAACCUUUGAGAAGAUGAUGUCUCCUAGUCUUUGCCCAAAGAACUUCUCUCUUUGGCUUGUCUCCAAACUGGGCAAAUAUAGAUUUUUUGUGGGGGGGAAAUAAUAAAAAGGUUCUGUUUUCUUUGAUGAAUUGGCGGCUUUUCCUACUGGGCUUUUCCUACUGGGAAGCCAUUAGCUGUUCACUCCUUGGAGAAUAAGAUGGCAUCCUCAUUCCUUGGGGGAAACUGUCUCCUAACAGCAACCACCGCCAAGUCAUAAACUUAGAAAGAAUCUGGAUAUGUUAACAUUUUUAAAGAAAAAGAAAAAAGAUCCAGGCAGGUAGGCCCUAGUACAUAAAACUUUAAAUAGAAGAGCCAUGGUGGCUCAUUACUAAAGGCAAUUUUUUUUAACGUGACCAAACAAGUGUUCUUUUGCCUUGCACCUCUUCUCAUUUCCCACCCAUCCAAGUUUCCAGAACCUGUGAUUAAAUCACCCUUUCUUUGUCCUGUGUAAUGCACCCUGUUCAUCAUGCUCUCCGAUAGAUGCUACUUGACAGUAAAAGUCUAUUCACGCUUUUCACCCCACCCCCAUCCCAAAUUAUCUGUUCAACCUCUGUCCUCCAAAGUCCUUGCUUGUGGCUUUUUGUUUGUUUUUUCUUAAAAAAAAUAUUCUGGCAAAUUCCACAAAAUCUGUACAGUUAUUUCAGUGUAAAAAACAAAACACAAAACACUUUUUUAUCUUGGAAACCUCAUUGUAUGAGCUUGUAUUUGCUAAUGGUAUGGCUUUAUUCUACCUUCCCCUUCCACAUUGGUAUAUUCCUUUUCUACCCUUUCUUCCCUCUCUGCGCUUAUCAAUAUUUUACACAUCAAACCUGGUUACCAUAUGCACAAUAAAAAGGUGGGAUUUUUUGUGAA